AUGUCAAUUUCUAAGAGAAUACAAAAAGAAACUUUAAAUUUAGCUAGUGAUCCCCCUCCAGGUAUAAAUGCACAACCUGAUCCUCAAAAUUAUAGAUAUUUUAAAAUUUUAAUGUCUGGACCUGAAGGAACACCAUAUGAAGGUGGUUAUUAUAAAUUGGAAUUAUUUUUACCAGAACAAUACCCAAUGGAACCUCCUAAAGUUAGAUUUUUAACAAAAAUAUAUCAUCCUAAUAUUGAUAAACUUGGAAGGAUUUGUUUAGAUAUUCUUAAAGAUAAAUGGAGUCCUGCUUUACAAAUAAGAACAGUCUUAUUAAGUAUUCAAGCUUUAUUAAGCUCUCCUGAACCAGAUGAUCCUUUAGAUACAACUGUAGCUGACCAUUUUAAAAAUAAUCCUACUGAAGCAGAAAAAACAGCAAGACAAUGGAAUUCAACUUAUGCAAAGUCCUCAGUUUAA